AUGGGACUCUCGCGAAGAGCAGUCCUGCUCAUCGGCACGAUCUUCCACAUAUGUUUUCUGCGGUCAAUCUUCGAUAUUUACUUCGUUACUCCGCUGGUUCAUGGGAUGCAACAGCAUAGAGUGGAGGCGGAGGCGCCGGCAAAGCGGUUGUUUUUGGUAGUCGGCGAUGGUCUCCGAGCCGACAAACUCUACCAAUCCCAUGAUGACCCCGACACCGGCGAGCACCGUUACCUCGCACCCUUCAUCCGCUCAAAAGUCCUCAAUGAAGGGACAUUUGGUGUAUCCCAUACCCGCGUACCUACUGAAUCGCGUCCCGGACACGUCGCGAUCAUUGCGGGAUUUUACGAGGACGUGAGCGCGGUAACGAAAGGAUGGAAGAUGAACCCCGUGAAUUUCGACUCCGUAUUCAAUCAGAGUCGGCAUACAUGGAGUUUUGGGAGUCCGGAUAUCUUGCCGAUGUUUGCGCAUGGAGCUUCGGAUAAGGAUAGGGUUGAGACGUGGAUGUAUGCUGAGGAAGAGGAGGACUUUUCUAAAGAUGCUACUGCUUUGGAUACCUGGGUUUUUGACCACGUGUCUGAUCUGUUCCAUAACGCUUCCUCGAAUCCCGCGCUGGACGCCGCUCUCCGCCAGGACCAAAACGUAUUCUUCCUCCAUCUCCUUGGAUGCGAUACCACCGGCCACGCAUACCGCCCUUACUCAAAAGAGUACCUUCGCAACAUCAAGGUCGUUGAUGAAGGAGUUGAGGCUACGGUUAAGUUGGUGAACGACUUCUACGGCGACGAUAAGACUGCAUGGAUCUUCACCGCUGACCACGGAAUGAGUGAUUUCGGAAGCCAUGGAGACGGACACCCCGAUAACACCAGAACACCCAUCGUCGCUUGGGGUGCUGGUGUCGCGAAGCCUGAUACAGCAAGCCCCAUCGGUCAUGACGACGGUUUCUCGGAUGAUUGGGGCUUGUCAGCUGUCCGAAGAAACGACAUUAAUCAGGCUGACAUCGCGCCCUUGAUGGCUUCGUUGAUUGGCGUUAACUACCCUGUCAACUCCGUUGGCGAGUUGCCACUGCAGUUCAUUGAUGCUGAGCCGGCAGUGAAGGCUGAGAUGGCAUUCGUAAAUGCGAAGCAGAUCGUUGAGCAGUACCGUGUCAAACACACGGCGAAGGCCGCGACUGAGCUUGCGUAUAAGCCGUUCCCCAUACUUGAGGAGGAGGGUCAGUCUGAUAUCGAGAGAAUCCAGGGAUUAAUCGACGCUGAGCAGUAUGAACAUGCGACGGAUGCGUGUUUACAGUUGGCUGAGAAGGCACUGGCGGGAUUGAAGUACCUUCAGAGAUACGACUGGCUCUUCUUGCGGUCAUUGGUGACUGCCGGAUACCUCGGUUGGAUCGUCUUUGCGUUCACUUACGUCAUGAACGAAUACGUCUUGGACGAUCGCUACCAGAUUAAGCGUCCAGUUGCCUUGAAACUCUUCUCGAUGGCGUCUUUCACGGCGUUGUGUGCUUUGAUCUGGGUUCAGCAGAUGCCUGCGUCGUAUUAUGCUUACGCAUUCUUCCCGGUGCUAUUUUGGCAGGAAGCGAUUGCUACGCGUGAUGCUCUUUUCUUAGGGUUGAAGCAAUUAUUGGGCAAUGUGAGUUCGCCUUUGUCAUAUCUCAGCGUUUUGGCAAAGACGAUCUUAUACAUUGGUUUGCUGGAGGCUAUGGUCUUUGGGUACUUCCAGAGGCUGGUGUUCUCUGCCUGCUUCGUCUUCGCGUCGGUAUGGCCGUUGUCGAGGGGUAUCACCUUUGUUAAGCAGCAUAAGCUUCUGUCAUUUGGGUGGGUUGUGUUGUGUCUUGUCAUGAGCACGUUUACGACGUUGAAUGUGGUCAAGCAGGAGGAUGAACGUCAGAUCAUGGUUGGUGGUGUAUUGAUGCUUGCUAUUGGAUGUAUCUAUCUGCUUUUCAGCAACCGUGUUCUCCGGGCCAGCUCUGAGCCGUCCGUCAGGAACGAUCAGGAAGAAGAUUCAUUCACGAGGGCGAUCAUCGGAGUUCAGGUCGGUCUGGUCGCCUUGGCCAUGGUUGUCACCCACUCCUCCGUUCAAUCCCUCCAAGCCAAGCAAGGUCUCCCAUUCGGCACCCAAAUCGUCGGCUGGGCCACUUUGAUUGCCUCGCUCAUGGUGCCUUUCUUGCAUGUGAUGAGGCCCAAGCACCACUAUCUCCACCGCCUGGUGAUCAUCUUCUUGGCGUUCUCGCCCACAUUCAUUAUUCUGACAAUCUCAUAUGAAGGCAUCUUCUAUGUGGUAUUCUUUGCGAUGUUGUCACUGUGGGUCGAGAUGGAGGGGGCCGUGUUCAAGGCGGGGCAGAAGGGGGUUGUGAGCAAGAGCGGUGCGAAGGCGAAAAGAUCGAGACAGCUCACGCUUGGGGAUACGAGGAUUGCGCUGUUCUUCUUUUUCUUAAUUCAGGUUGCGUUCUUUGGGACGGGGAAUAUUGCUUCGAUCUCGUCGUUCUCACUGGACUCGGUUUACCGGUUGAUCCCGGUGUUCAAUCCGUUCAGCAUGGGAGCCUUGCUGCUAUUCAAGCUGCUUAUUCCGUUCGCAGUUAUUUCUGCAAAUCUGGGUAUCUUGAAUAAGAAGCUUGGCGUACCACCAAGCUCUUUGUUCAUGAUUGUCCUUGCUAUUUCGGACAUUCUGACAUUGAACUUCUUUUACCUGGUUCGGGACGAAGGGAGUUGGUUGGAUAUCGGACAGAGCAUAAGCCAUUUCUUCAUCAGCAGUCUACUGGUGCUCUUCUUGGUCGUCUUGGAAAGUCUAAGCGACAUCAUCGUCGCGAAGGUGGAGGUGGGGAAGCCACAUACGCCAAGCGAAAAGAUCGAAUAG